AAGACAUCUUAGCAGCCUGUGGUCCACGCUCCUCAUUUUCAGUUCAGGUGAGGUCUUCACGCACAUGAGCUGGGUCAUUUUGAACUUUUAUGCAAGUCACAAGAAUCUGCAUUUCUUGGGUGACUUUGAUGUUCAAGGCAGCCCUUGCUCUCAGCCUGGUUGGCAAAUCCUCUGAAUUCAGAAUCCAGCUGUGUUUUGUUCCUGCGUCGGCCAGUCAUAUCAACAUGCCCUCCUUCCUGUUGCUGGAAGCCAUCUGCAUUGUCCUAUUUGCUGGAGUGCCUCCAUCCCUCCCUCUUCAGGAAGUCCACGUGAGCAAGGAGAUUAUUGGGAAGAUUUCAGUCGCCAGCAAAAUGAUGUGGUGCUCGGCUGCAGUGGAUGUCCUGUUUCUGAUGGAUGGCUCUCAUAGUGUCGGGAAAGGGAGCUUUGAAAGGUCCAAGCACUUCGCCAUCACGGUCUGUGAUGCUCUGGACAUCAACCCUAGGAAGGUCAGGGUGGGAGCCGUCCAGUUCAGUUCCACCCCUCGUCUGGAAUUCCCCUUGGAUGCGUUUUCAACCCAACAGGGAGUGAAGGCAAAAAUCAAGAGGAUGGUUUUCAAAGGGAGAGAGGGCUGUGGCCCGGCUUCCAGAAGCCCAGGGGUGCACGACGGAGGAGGGCGCACAGAGACAAGCCUUGCUCUGAAAUACCUUCUGCGCAAAGGAUUCCCGGGGGGCAGAAAUGCCUCUGUGCCCCAGGUCCUCAUCAUCAUCACCGACGGGAGGUCCCAAGGGCAUGUGGCCCUGCCCGCCAAACAGCUCAAGCAGAGGGGUGUCACGGUGUUCUCCGUGGGCAUCCACUUCCCGAGGUGGGAGGAGCUGCACUUGCUGGCCAGCGAGCCAAGGGAGCAGCACGUGCUGAUGGCCGAGCAGGUGGAUGACGCCGCCAACGGCCUCUUCAGCACCCUCAGCAGCUCCGCCAUCUGCACCACCACCUCUCCAGACUGCAAGGUCCAGCCUCACCCCUGUGAGCGCAAGACGCUGGAGACAAUCAGGGAGCUUGCUGGCCUCGCCCCGUGCUGGAGAGGAUCUCGGGGCACUGAUGCUGUGCUGGCUGCCCUCUGUCCCUUCUCCAGCUGGAAGAGAGUGUUCUUCACCCACCCCACCACCUGCUACAGGACCACCUGCCCAGGCCCCUGUGACUCACAGCCCUGCCAGAAUGGAGGCACGUGUGUUCUAGAAGGACCGGACAGGUACCACUGCCUCUGCCCGCCAGCCUUUGGAGGGGAAGCCAACUGCGCUCUGAAUCUGAGCCUGGAGUGCAGAGUGGACGUCCUGUUCCUGCUGGCCGGCUCAGCAGACGCCACCCUGGAGGGCUUCCAGCGGGCCAAGGCCUUCGUGAAGCGGUUUGUGCGGGCGGCGCUGACCGGAGACUCCCAGGCGCGCGUGGGUGUGGCCCUCUACAGCGCGGAGCUGACCGUGGCUGUGCCAGUGGGCGAGUAUCAGGAUGUGCCAGACCUGGUCCGGAGCCUCGACGGCCUGCCCUUCGAUGGUGGUGCCACCCUGACGGGCCGGGCCCUACGGCAGGUGGCAGAGCGCGGCUUCGGGAGUGCCCCCAGGACAGGCCUGGACCGGCCUCGCCAGGCGGUGGUCCUGAUGACUGAGGCGCGCUCCCAGGAUGAGGUGGCCGGCCCGGCGGGCUUCGCGAGGGCCCGGGAGCUGCUCCUGCUGGGUGUGGGCAGCGAGGACGUGCGGGUGGAACUGGAGAUGAUCACUGGCGACCCGGAGCGCGUGCUGACCUACACUAGCCCGCAGGACCUAUUCGACCAAAUCCCAAAACUUCAGGGCAAGCUGUGCAGCCGGCCACACCCAGGCUGCCAGGCCCAGCCGCUGGACCUGGUCUUCAUGCUGGAUGCCUCGGUCUCAGUGGGGCCCGAGAACUUUGCCCGGAUGCAGAGCUUCGUGAGAAGCUGUGCCCUCCGGUUUGACGUGAACCCCGACGUGACGCAGAUCGGCCUGGUGGUGUACGGCGGCCGCGUCCAGACAGCCUUCGGGCUGGACACCCACCUCAGCCGUGCUGCAGUGCUGCGGGCCCUGAGCCAGGCCCCCUACCUGGGAGGGGUGGGCUCGGCAGGCACGGCCUUGCUGCACAUCUAUGACAAGGUGAUGACGGUCCAGGGCGGCACCCGGCCUGGCAUCCCCAAGGCGGUGGUGGUGGUCACGGGUGGGAGCGGGGUGGAGGACGCGGCUGUCCCAGCCCAGAAGCUGAGGGACAACGGCGUCUCGGUCUUGGUGGUGGGUGUGGGGCCCGUCCUGAGGGAGGCACUGCGGAGGCUCGCGGGGCCCCGCGACGCCCUGAUCCACGCAGCAGCCUAUGCAGACCUGAGCCACCACCAGGACACACUCAUCGAGUGGAUAUGCAGAGAAGCCAAGCGGCCAGUUAACCUCUGCAAACCCAGCCCAUGCAUGAACGAGGGCACCUGUGUCCUGCGCAAUGGGAGCUACCACUGCGAGUGCCAGGGUGGCUGGGAGGGCCCCCACUGCGAGAACCGGGCCUUCAGAGGAGAUGCCCUCAAGGCACGUGGCUCCAGCCGAGAGCCUGCAGGAGGGCAGCCACUGCGCCCCUCCCGGCUGGGCCUACAGAGAAGGCCUGGGUCCCCUGGGCGCUGAAAGGGAGCCUACCCUCAGCACAGCACCCUGUCUGUGGUCUCUGCCUCCAGCCCUGUCUGAACCCUCCUGCCCACUGUCCUGCCCCAGGGAGAAAAGAGGGCUCAGCUGCAGACAGAGCUGCCCAGGGACAUGGUAGCAGCUGGUUGCCCCCCUCACGACCACACUGAGAACUCUUCACAUGUUUUGCUGACCUAAUUGUGCACUGAGGAGUUGGUGCCGUCUGCUGUGUGUCCCCCGAGGAGCAGCAGAGGAACCUGGAGACUUCUGAUGGGCUGUUUGAAGCUCACGGUACCCACGAUUAUGGCUAAACAGGACAUUGCUGGGACAGUUAUGCCUGAGAAGGCAGUGAUGACAGAACCCUGACUCGAUGGUGGCAUUUCAAGAUGGACGAAGCAUGGGCUUUUCAACACAGCUUUCCCCGAAGAUGCUCCAGAUGGAUUCGUUCUUUAGUUUGAAGAGGGGCUUGAGUGGCAUUUGUGACUUGUUCUGGUGACGGGAUCCCUGUGUGGGACUUGGAAAGGCCUCAGACAGGAAGGAGACUGACCAGCUCUUUACCUGAGGGGAGGAGGGGCUGAGUGUGCAGACAGCCCUGGACUCGAGGGGCCACCUAAGCUGACCAGCACUCCCUUCGAGAGGCUUCUUAGUGUUUACUUAGGAGGGUUCAUUGUGGGGUGUUUCUUGAGUGCCUGUCUUACUCUCCCUUUGGGGGUCAAAAAGGAGCAGAAUUCUUAAAACUCAGUCCAUGUAGAACAAAGAGAUUUGAAGGGGUUGGCUUUUUUAGAUAGAGAUCUUAUGCUGCCUUGGUUUUAGUUUUGUUUUUCAUACCUGGUUUUAAAAGGAAUAUUUCAAGAAGUGACGUUGAUUCUGUUUAUUUAACAGGAGCAUUUGUCCCUAAAUGGCAAAAAGGCUUAGAUAGCAUAUUCUCUGGCGAAUAUUUGCUUAUCCCACAGUCCUUAACAAAUCAAUUCUCGGCCCAGGUGGUCGAGUUGGGAGUUGGUUUUCAGUAGAAGCCUUUGCAGAACUCUGAUUUAAACCCAGACACUUUAUCAUAGUUUUUAUUUUUAAUGUAAAUACCUUUAAUGUGAUGUUUUAUGGGCAAACAUUCACGGCUACUUUGAUUUAAAUACUGCUUAGCUUUAAGAACUUCAGGAUUUCUGGUGCAAAGAAAAGUACUUGGAAGGUCAUCACCGUGGUUUUAUUAGAUGUUAAAAACAAGUCCAGUGUGCCAAGCACUGUGCAUGACAGUCAUUUCCAUUCCAGUCGUCGCCUUCUGCCAAGGCAAAAGCAAUAUCAGAGCAGAGUCACGUGCCCACCCGGUAGGUGCCGAUAGCAGAUGUUAGAGAAUUCCAUUGUCUUUACAUUAACAGCAGUUUAAUCAUUUCAUAAUGUAGGCUCUUUGUCUGGCUCAGGGUUGAUAUUUGGAUGUCCCAUUUGAACUGGACUUAAAAACCGCACAAAACUGGGCCCUGGGGCUAGCCUACAUAUUAAAGACCUUACUGUUGCUAUUUUUAGGUUUCAGCCCUUGGGGGAAAAAUUUUUUUAACCUUUUCUAGGUGGGCAGCUGUCUAUGGGGUCGCACAGAGUCGGACACGACUGAAGCGACUUAGCAGCAGCAGCGAAGGUACCACUGAAGUGUUUAACCCUUUCUUGGUUCUAGUAGUGGAAGAGGGAAUUCCUGACAAGAUAACCUUAAGUGAUCAUUUCCCAGCUAACCCUUUUUCUUUCUUUUUAAAGAAACUGGCUUUUGUUUUAAUUACAUAAUAAACAAAUAUGUUCUCCUUGUAAAAAACAUUGCUGAUCAUAAAUCUUUUUCUUCUCCAAAUGAUCCUUAUUCCAGCCAGCUGCUCUAGUUUGAAUAGUUGAUUGAGUCUCUUGCUUUUCUAGAAAGAUAGCAUUUACAAGUAAUGACAGACAGUUUUGUCUCUCCUUUUGAAAUUUUAUACUACUUUUUCUUGUCAUUUUGCAUUGUCUAGGACCUCUAGAAUGAUGUUUUAACAGGUAGUGG